UCAAUGUCAGCUGAUUUCCGAAAUGGUUGGCACCUUGAUUUUCCAUGUUAAUGACUUGUUGCAAAAUUUCCUUUUAUUUACUUGUUUUUCCAUAGAAUUUGCGUAUGUGUUUGUUUAACGAAUUGAACUUAUGUGCCAAAGUUGCCAAAUUUACAUUUUCAAAAUAUGAAAAUUUACAAUACAAGAAUCGUCCUCGGAGUGUUCAUAAUUACAGCGGUUGCAGCAUAUGCCGAUAAAAGUGACGAGAAAUCCGCGAGCACUUCGGAAACAGUACCCAAAGCUAGGAAGGAACUACAAAAUGUUGCCAGUGAAGGCGGUUUGUUAAAUGUAAGCGUUCCGAUCGUAUACGGUCGCGAAGGAUAUACAAAUAGUCCUUCGAAAGUGCCUUCAAAUGCCACUACAUCAAAACCGGAUAUGGCUCCGUCGAUUUCUACAAGUUCUCCCAUUCUGAAAAGUACUGUUACGGAUACCAUUCAUAAAAUCGCAGCUAAAAAAGGUGUAGGCGACGAUAAUGUAUCAAAGCCAUCAAAUGCCACCACUCAACCGCCAGCCAAACCGAAAAAACCUCUCGUUACUGUGCCCGGUGGUAACGAAUCGAUGGUCACAUCCAACAGUCCGUCUGAUAAGUCAAACUCCACCACGAAAAUGCCAAAAGUGCCUAACAGCAAUAUACUAAGUAGCAACGUAGAUAACACACAAAAAUACAUUGUCCCUAUAGUGAUAGUUAUAUUAUCAGUGCCUUUUGUCGCCAUUCUAAUAUCGGUCGUCUAUAAGCGAGGUGCAGAAUGGUGGAAAUACAGACAUUAUCGACGUAUGGAUUUCUUAAUUAACGGAAUGUACGAUAAUUAGCGUUAUUUCUAGCUUCCACAAUGAAUUUAUCGAUAUCGGUGCUACAGAUGAUUUUAUAUUUUUUGAUAAAUUUGAAAUUGAAUAUGAUAUUGUGAUCACAUUCUUUUGGCAUU